AUGGACAAAGAGCAACAUUCGAAGUCGACUGCUAGUGGAUCUUCUUCAUCGUCCACAACAAAUAAACCAAAGAAAACAUCAUCAUCAUCAUCAUCAUCAUCAUCAACAGCAGCAUCAGUGUCAACGAUGGGCAGAAGUGCUGCGCUUCCUCAACCUGCUCGUCGAAUUAUUCAGAAUUUUCUUCUCGUCUGGCUCGAUGCCAAUAUUGACGAGUCAAAGGAAGAUUUUCAAAAUUCGUUAAAACAUUUACGACGAAUUGUAGCAUCCAUUACAACAUUCACCGAUGCUCACCAAUGUUUCGAUUAUCUUAGUGGUAUUACAAAGGAAAAGGCAUUUAUGAUCAUAUCGGGUUCACUUGGACAGAAAAUAGCACCAGAAAUGGAAGCCAUACCACAAUUAGAAUCCGUGUAUGUUUUCUGUAGUAAUCCAUCUUACUAUGAACAAUGGGCCAAUAAGGUACCGAAGAUCAAAGGUGUAUACACAAAAAUUGAACCAAUUUGUAAAGCCCUAGAAAUUGAUCGACAACGAUGUGAUCAAGCUAUGAUCUCGGUUAGUUUUAAUGGCCUCGAUCCUCUGUUCAUGUAUACACAAUUGUUAAAGGAAGCACUAUUAGAAAUCGAAGAUGACGAUAGAAAAUCUCUCAAAGAUCUGGCUAGAUAUUGUCGUGAACAGGAUGAUAUUCUUGAAGAUCAAAUUAAACAAGUUGAAAAUGAAUAUCGUAAUCAUACGCCAAUAUGGUGGUAUACAGCCGAGACUUUUAUAUAUCCUAUGCUUAAUCGUGGUCUUCGAGUCAUGAAUGUCGAUAUCAUAAUGAAAUUGGGGUUUUUCAUCCGACAUUUACACAAUCAUAUUACGGAAUUACAUCGUGAACAAGAAAACAACAUGCCAAAACAUUUUCAAGUCUUUCGGGGACAAGGUUUGUCCUUGGAAGAUUUUGAAAAAAUGAAAAAAACUACAGGAGGACUUAUGUCCUUCAAUAAUUUUCUAUCAACAAGUCGCAAUCGCAAUAUUUCACUGGAAACCUUUGCACGACCAGCAACAAAGAAACCCAAUUCGGUUGGCAUUCUGUUCAUUAUGAACAUUGACACGACUAUUUGCAAAAAUUCAUUAACACCAUUUGCUGAAGUAAGCCAAGUUGGCUACUACAAAAAUCAAGAAGAAGAAAUACUUUUUGCGACACAUACAAUUUUCCGAAUCGAUCACAUUAAACGAAUUGAAGACAAAAAUAUUGAUCGCUUAUGGCAAGUUAAUCUUACUCUUGUGGGUAAUCAAGAUGAUGACUUUAACAAACUCACAGCACAUCUACGAGAAGAGUUCAAGAAGCACACAGGAUGGGAACGACUGGGUUUCAUACUUUUCAAACUGGGUGAAUACCCAAAAUCAGAACAACUCUACCAGAUUCUCCUCGCAAAGGCAACUUCCGAUCGAGAUAAGGCGGCAUACAAUCAUCAACUUGGCUGGAUAUAUGAUGAUAUGGGUGACUAUUCACAAGCACUUUCAUAUUACGAAAAAUCACUGAACACCUACAAGAAAAUUCUCCCUCCAAAUGAUAUCGGUUUAGCUUGGCCCUACAACAACAUCGGUAAUGUGUAUGAUAACAUGGGCGAGUACUCGAAAGCACUUUCAUCGCACGAGCGAGCACUUGAAAUCCGAAAAAUAGCUCUCCCUCCGAAUCAUCUCGACUUGGCUACUUCCUACAAUAACAUCGGUUUGGUGUAUUAUAACAUGGGCGAGUACUCGAAAGCACUUGCAUCGUACGAACGAUCACUUGAAAUCCGAAAAAUAGCUCUACCUCCGAAUCAUCCCGACUUGGCUGCUUCCUACAACAACAUCGGUUUGGUGUAUUAUAACAUGGGCGAGUACUCGAAAGCACUUUCAUCGCACGAACGAUCACUUGAAAUCCGAAAAAUAGGUCUCCCUCCGAAUCAUCCCGACUUGGCUUCUUCCUACAACAACAUCGGUUUGGUGUAUGAUAACAUGGGCGAGUACUCGAAAGCACUUUCAUAUUACGAAAAAGCACUACAAAUCAAGAAAAUUGCUCUUCCCCCUGCACAUCCAAGUACUGCACGCACAGAAAGAAACAUUGAACUUCUGAAAAAGAAAAUGUAA